AUGCCCGCGCGCGCCGCUGAGGGUCAAGUCUUGUGUGGUGACACAUUUGGAGAAGUAAAGCGGCGCGAACCAUCAGCUUUGAGAUGCCCCGCCAAAAGCCCGCGGCCCCACAGAAGACGGCACCCAUCAAGAGGGAAAAAAACAGCCAGGAAAGUGCCGCUAGCUCAGCGCCUUCCCUCAAGAGACAAGGCUGAGAAAGAGGUGUCCGUGAAACACCGUGGUAGCCCUGGAAACGUCUGCGAUGUUGGCCAGCUUGGACUGGGGCCGGAUGUCAUGGAGUUGGCACGUCCCACUCUGGUUGCUGACUUGAAGGAUGUGGUGGACGUCAUGGCUGGUGGCAUGCACACCCUGUGCCUCACAGCUGAUGUCAAGGUGAAGCUUGUUCAGAUGAUGCUUCAUUACAACAAGAGGCUAAGAGAAACACGAAGUUCUUCUCGCAUUGCUUCUGGCAGUGAUCACGUGGUGAUGCUGAUGGUUAAGGGCUACGUUCUGACCAUGGGAUGCGGAGAGCAAGGACAGCUGGGACGAGUGCCUAUGGGAACGACCUUGCACCGAGCAUGCUGCACUUCACUACACCUGCUUAAGCCCACCAAUGUCUACAUACCGAAACCCCGUGGUAGCAAGACACGAGCCUUCGACAGGAUAUGGGCUAGGGCAUAUACCACGUAUGCGCUGCUAUGUGAAACCGGCAAGCUGUACGCGUUCGGUCUGAACAACCACCACCAGAUGGGGGUACAAGCGCACAGGUCAAACGACAUUGGCCAAAUUAUUUCUGUACCUCGAGCACUGACCUCUUGUCAAGGGCAUCGGUGGCAACUUCUCAGCAGAGGCCAGCACCACACAUUGCUCCUGAGUGAGGAAGGCUUGGUCUUCACCCUCGGCCGCAAAGACUAUGGCUGGCUUGAACUCGGAGCGUUCAUGCCUGCUGGUAAUGAAGACCAGGAGACCCCUGCCCAAGUGCCUGGCCUCUCUGGCUGCGUGGAAGUCUCAUGUGGAGAGGCGGUCUCAUUUGCUAUUGAUGGCGAAGGACGCCUGCACUCCUGGGAAUUUGGCACAAACGGCCAACUGGGCCAUGGUGGUGAUGAUUUGUUUGAGCCAAAGGUCGUUGCGGGGAAGCUCGCAGGCAAAAAGGCACUGGUCGUCUCCGAAGGUGGCCAACAUGCUGUCAUCCUUGCCACAUGAUUCCAGCACAUGAUUCAGAAAUUUUUUUUCUUUCAUCAAUACAUUGUUUUGUUGUGUUUUUAUACAUGACACAGCACCACAUUGACAUUGUUUUGUUUUUAUAUGCAACACAGCGCUACAUUGAUUGAAAGUUUUAAAGAUUUUAAAGGUUGGACAUUAGCGUUCGGCUGAUGCUACAAAGUUUUAUCCGAGAAAUUGCGACUCUUACUUGUGCUUUUAGGAUGGCGGUGACAUUUUCAAUAAAUCUGCUUGACUUAUUGCCACAAUCUUGGCGUUUGUGGUGGUGUCCUAUUACUCGGCACAAAGUUGUGGGUUUUAUUCUUUU